AUGGUUGCAGAAAUUGACUCUUACACGUACUAUUCGGAUUCGCCAGAUAUUCUCCACAGUGUCAACGAAUGGAGGGAGCUUGACAAAAAGCACCUACAUAUCAAAGUCGAUCUUCCUGAGGGCUGGCCCAAGAAGCUCACGGGUCCACAUGUCUGGAGAGGUGAAGAAUUGAGAAAGAAUCCUGAAAAGUAUAAAUACUAUUUCACGCUGGAAGAUCUCUCUGAAAUUCAUAAGGCGGUCAAAAAGUUUAAACAAUUAGGCCUUCCAUUGCGAAAAGUCGGUAGAGAGAAUUUCAACUUGGGCUCAUUAGGUUCCAAACUCGAGGAUUUUAGCGAAGAUCUUUAUAAGGGUAUUGGAGUUCGGUUAUUGAGGGGAUUUAAUAUAGACGAUUAUGAUGAACAGGAAAGGUUAAUUGCUUAUCUUGGUAUAAGCUCUUAUAUAGGUGACAUUCGGGAUGCUCAAGGCCUAAACAGAGCACUCACUCACAUUAAAUCUAUAGCUCAUGUUCCAAAGGAAGAAAGAGCUCCUAUAGGUGUCAGUCAACAAACAACUGAUCCGCAGAUGUACCAUUCUGAUUUCGGUGGUGACAUUGUUUCUUUAUUAGUAUUGGGUACCCCCGCCAAUGGAGGUGAAUCGCUCAUCAGCUCAACUUAUUCAAUCUACAAUUAUCUUGCUCAGCAUAGACCAGACAUCAUCAAAGUCUUGACUAGUCCGGAAGGUUAUAAGAGGAAAGGCUUUCCAGAAGGUGCACCUUUAAUAUUCUACGAAAAUGAUGAGCUCAUCACCAGUUUUUCCACUAGAAACUUCAUAGGGUUUGGAGAGAUUCCCAGAGAUAAGUCGUACCCGUUAAUAUCAUCAGAAGAGAGAGAUGCUGUAGGUGGUUUUAAUGCGAUAGCAUAUAAGUAUACUUUAGAAACGGAUUUACAGAAAGGAGAUAUAGAGUAUGUGAACAAUCUCAUCAACCAACAUUGCAGAAAAGGUUAUCUUGAAGAUGAAGACCACAGGCGUCACUUAGCACGAUUGUGGUUAAGGAAUUCCAAGUAUACUUUCCUGCUAAAACUUCCUCAGGAAAUCAAAGAGAAAAGGAAUCAGAUUUUUCCUGUAGAAUAUGAACAAGAGAUUCCUUUGAAUGAAUUUGAAGAAGAUGAAAUCAAAGUAAAAAGUGGUGCCGACUCAAUAGAUAAGUUUUAUGCAAAACCUAAAUAG